AUGAAUGCCCAUAGCGAUCUUUUGGUCGAACUCGUAAAGCGCUAUCCUGAAGAAGACUUCUCCAAGAUGGAGAAGCUCGCCCUAGAAGUUGAAGAUGGGAGUGAGGGAGAGCCUGAUAGAGGGGACGGAGAGGAUGUUGAAAAUGUAGCUGAAGAUUCUAAUGAUCCUUCAUUAUUCACUUGUCAUUCUUCCAAAGGGAUUAUUGUUCUAUUGGUUUAUGUGGAUGAUAUGCUUUUAACAAGAAGUGAUAGGGAGGGAAUUCAUAAAUUCAAGCAAUUUCUUCAGCCCUCGUUUCAAAUGAAAGAUCUUGGACAAGUGACUUAUUUUUUAGGUUUGGAAGUUUCUCACUCCGCUGCUAGUCUAUUUGUCAAUCAACAUAAAUAUAUAGCAGAUUUGAUCAAAUUAACCAAUCUUAUUGAUGAUCAAACUUGUUCUACACCUAUGGAACUCAAUCUUAAAUUAAAAAGAGAUGAUGGGGAACCCAUAUCUGAUCCUACUCUCUAUAGAAGGCUUGUUGGUAGUCUUAUCUAUCUUACUACCACUAGACCUGACAUCUCAUAUGUUGUCCAAGUGGUGAGCCAAUUUAUGUCUGAUCCUCGAAGAUUACAUUUAACUAUUGUUCAUCGUAUCAUCCGCUACCUGAAAGGAACAAUGAGGCAAGGCUUAUUUUUUCCUUCGAAUUCCUCACUACAACUUGUGGCUUUUGCAGAUGCAGAUUAUCCAGAUUCAGUCCCCAUUUCUUGGAAAUGUAAAAAGCAAGAUAGAGUUGCAAAGUCAUCUACUGAAGCUGAAUAUCGUGCCAUGUCAUCUGUCAGUUCAGAAGUAGUUUGGCUUCGUUGA